GCUGCCAUCUAGAGGCGCCUUCCUGCAGUGUAUAUAAUGUGAGUCUGCAGCCUUGGAGCUCACAGUUCCUCCAAACUGCUCAGCCCCAAAGGCAGGCAGGGAGCGUAGGAGCCAGGGUAGGAGCCAGGAGAGCGAGCCCUCAGUGAGAGACAGCGGAGGCCACUUGAUCGCUGCCCUCGACACCAUGGAUUUGCAUCUGUUCGACUACUCAGAACCAGGGAACUUCUCUGACAUCAGCUGGCCAUGCAACAGCAGCGACUGCAUCGUGGUCGACACCAUGACGUGCCCCAACAUGGCCAACAAGAGCGUUCUGCUCUACACGCUGUCCUUCAUCUACAUCUUCAUCUUCGUGAUCGGCAUGAUUGCCAACUCUGUGGUGGUCUGGGUGAACAUCCAGGCCAAGACCACUGGCUAUGACACGCACUGCUACAUCUUAAACCUGGCCAUCGCCGACCUGUGGGUGGUGGUCACCAUCCCGGUCUGGGUGGUCAGCCUUGUGCAGCAUAACCAGUGGCCCAUGGGUGAGCUCACUUGUAAGGUCUCUCACCUCAUCUUCUCCAUCAACCUCUUUGGCAGCAUCUUCUUCCUCACCUGCAUGAGUGUGGACCGCUACCUGUCCAUCACCUACUUCACCAACACCUCGAGCCACAGGAAGAAGGUGGUUCGUCGUGUCGUCUGUGUCCUCGUGUGGCUGCUGGCUUUCUGCGUGUCCCUGCCCGACACCUACUACCUGAAGACUGUCACGUCCGCAUCCAACAACGAGACCUACUGCCGGUCCUUCUACCCCGAGCACAGCGUCAAGGAGUGGCUGAUCAGCAUGGAGCUGAUGUCUGUGGUCUUGGGCUUUGUCAUUCCUUUCUGCAUCAUCGCCGUCUUCUACUUCCUGCUGGCCCGAGCCCUCUCGGCCUCCGGCGACCAGGAGACGCACAGCAGCCGGAAGAUCAUCUUCUCCUACGUGGUGGUCUUCCUGGUGUGCUGGCUGCCCUACCAUGUCGUGGUGCUCCUGGACGUCUGCUCCAUCCUGCACUACAUCCCCUUCACCUGCCAGCUGGAGAACUUCCUCUUCUCGGCUCUACACAUCACACAGUGCCUGUCCCUGGUGCACUGCUGUGUCAACCCUGUGCUCUACAGCUUCAUCAACCGCAACUACAGGUACGAGCUGAUGAAGGCCUUCAUCUUCAAGUACUCGGCCAAAACAGGCCUCACCAAACUCAUCGACGCCUCCCGGGUGUCGGAAACAGAGUACUCCGCUUUGGAGCAAAACACCAAGUGAGGCCCAGUCUCGGGAUGCGUGUGCUUGCUUUCAGCAGGGCUCCCAGCUGCCUGGGGGCUUAAGACAGGAGCAGCGUGCCGAGGGGGAGGCGUGCCACUGUGCUUCCUCCCCGCCUCUCUCAUGCCUGCGUGGCCGUCACGUGACUGUGACCCCGACAGUGCAUCCUGCCGGGCUGUGCCACCAGCUGAUGCCACUUGUCAAAGCUGGUGGCCGGAGGGGCCUGCCUGCACUUCUGUACAGUAGGACUCUCUGUGUUUCCUGAAGGUUUUCUAUGGUGAUUUGUAUUUAAAUGCUAAAACUUUAUUUUCUCACUCUUGGCAUACCUUAUAAAUGUAUCAGAAAGUUUAAAUAUUUUAAAUGCUGUAUGGGAAGUAUAACGCUGACAUGUAAUCGUGUUGUAGUUUUAAUUAGCCUGACUUCGGUUUUGACGAUGGAUGACGUUGACUGUUAGCUGUUGUGAAAUUAUAUAUAAAUAUAUAAAUAUAUACAUCUAUGCCAGCCUCGGCGGAAGUGUUUUAUUUACGACAGUUUUCUAUCUGGGUGGCGCUUUGUACUGGCAUGAGGUGUGCGACGAGAACUGCCCUGUAAUGCAGUUUCUGACAUUAAUCGUAUCUGUAAACUUAUAUUGAAAUAAAACAAACAAAAAAAAGCAAAACUGUUCAGGCUUCAACGCUGUGCAUAAAGCAAACGGCGUAGGUCAGAGAAUUCGCUCAACCUGUAAGUUAUUGUUUUAAAAAUAAAGAUCAUUUUGUUUUUCCUAAAAAA